AUGGAAUCUAGUGUCGCAUUUAUUGCGGGUCUAGGAGUGACUGCGCUUCUUGGGAUCGUGUUGGCUGGGAUGGCAAUGAUGGCGGAUAAAACGGCCAUUGUGGUCCCUCCAGAGGCCGAUCAUCCAGAGGUUACCGCCAAUAGGGAAGAGAAAGUAGUCAACACCAUUGAUAUUGGACGGCGAAGGUUGUGCGACCCGACCGGUCUCGUUUAUGAAGUGUUUGAGAAAGAUGCGGAUAGAGCUGGAACAAGAUGGAUGUUAGAUGGAGAAAAGAUGUUUAAUCCAGGCUCUACCGGUGCUGGUAGUGGGUUGGAGCCCGGUCAGUUAUGA